AGGAACACAUGGCAUUGUAGAAUUUGAGAAACUAGCGGGAAUGAAGGGGUGGCUCAUCCGCAGUGUUCAAGGGUUCACCCCUACCAAGAACGCAGAGGACUUGGACAUUAGUCAACAGCUUGGUGCUAUCAAGUCAUCAGGUGCCCGCAUCAUCAUCCUGAACUGUGUAGUUGAGUACGGUAAAGUCAUCCUGAAGCAGGCUCACGAUCACGGCAUGGUAGGGGCGGGCUGGCAGUGGCUCGUGACUGUCGGUAUCACCGGAUCUAUAUUAUUCCCUGGCUUUGAGAAUAUGCCCGACUACUACGAAGGUCUAAUCGGAAUGUACAUAGUAGACGAUGCCGGGGAGCUGCACGAUGAGUUCCAGCGCAGAUGGAUAGCGGCUGACCCUGUUCAGUAUCCUGGGGUUGGAAACGACACGCUGGUGGAUAAUCAGUGA